AUGACCACUAGAACCAGGACAGAAGUAACUGAAUUUGUCUUAUUGGGCCUGUCCAUCUGGCCAGAAAUGCAACCAGUCAUUUUUGGGAUUGUCCUUACCAUGUACCUGGUGGCAGUUAUGGGCAAUUCCCUGUUAGUAAUUGUUGCUCUCUCAGACCCCAAGCUUCAGACCCCCAUGUGUUUCCUACUCAGCCACCUUUCUUUUAUUGACAUAUUUCUGACAUCCAUCACUGUUCCCCAGAUGCUGGCACACAUGCUGUCUGGGAAUAGAACCAUCUCCUUUAACUGCUGCCUGAUCCAGCUCUUCUUUUUUAUGGCUGUGGGCAGCAUGGAAGGCCACUUGUUGGUUGCCAUGGCCUACAACCACUAUGUUGCUAUCUGUGACACUUUAAGAUACUCAGCCAGCAUCAGCUGUCUCCUCUGUCUUUGCAUAACGCUGACCUCAUGGGUGGUCAUCAGCCUCAACAGCCUCCUCUUUAGUGUCCUGGUCCCCCGCUCAACUUUCUGUGGCAACCAGGUCACCCAUUUCUUCUGUGACAUCACGCCUUUGCUGAAGCUCUCCUGCACCCGCCCAGUGGUCAAUGAAAUGCUAAUAUUUACAGAGGGUGUAGCUGUGGUGGUCAGCCCCUUCUUCUUUAUUUUAGUCCGCAUCAGCAUGGCCAUAGCCCACAUGCACUCAGUUGCUGUCCUGCGCAAAGCCCUGUCCACUUGCAGCUCCCACAUCCUGGUUGUGCUGCUCCUGUACGGCUCUGUGAUCCGCAUGUACCUCCGACCUUCCUCCAGCUAUGACCUGGACCAGGAUCGCCAGGUUGCCAUCUUUUACACAGUAGUUACCCCCAUGCUAAACCCACUCAUCUACAGCCUGAGGAACCAGGAGGUGAAAGGCUUUUCAGGAAACUUCCAACUGUGUUCCCAGGCAAAUGGGGAAUGGCAGCACAUCUCCCGAAGCUAUGGAUCUAAGAACUAACUUGAAAGUGCCUCAAAUAGAUGGGUGAUACCUCCUCAUAGCCGAUAUGGCUCACAUUCCUAUGGGAAAAUCUUCCCUGAGCCAGGGAAGAGAAUGCAUGAAUAGAGUUCUGGUCCCUGUUGACUGACCCCAAAUCUCACGACUUUGGAACUGAAAAGAAAUGUUAAGAUCACCAAAUUUGAAGACCUCAUCUUUCAGAUCUGAUAUGGGGCAUAGGAUAUUACUAAGCCAAAUGGUUACAAAUCAUCAUGACCUGCAGAAGUUGAUGACUUU